CUGCGACAACACCAAUAUUACCGCCCCCAAAGAGUCCUCCAUUCCCUUUCCACCGCCCGCCUCCCUGCCCAUUUUUCCUGUAUAUUGUCUAUAUCGGCCACCUUUACCUCAUCCGACUGCUUGGGACUUUCGAUCGCCCUUUUACGCGUGACUUUGGGCACGCGACUACAUCGUAUCAGCCACUGCGUUUAGCUAUACUCCUUUGAGGGUUAUUCUCCCCAUCGCGGGUAUCAAACCAGCGCGAAUCUUGUUCCGACAGCUGUGCGAGCAUGUCGCGAGCGCGAGGAGGCACGGCCAAGCUGGCUGCUGGCGAUAUCGAAGCCAUGACCCAGAUCUGGCACUCGCUAGUAGACACCGUCCGCGUGCUACCGACCAUCCCGACAGACCAUGUCGACCAAGAAAAACAAACGGUCAAUGCCGCUUUGGAGAAACUCAAUGUGCUCAUGGCUCUUCGCCGAGGCGAACGCUCUACCCCCGACCCGAAUCCCCAUCCUCGGCUCCCAACGGCCAUCCUGCCUUCUGCCGCCGUGCAAGGGGCUACCCCUGGCUCGGGCGGAGGCGCCAAGAGGAAGCGUAAAGGCUCUUUCUCGGCGUCGCCGGCGCCCAUGACGUUAGACUUGACGGGUACAGCAAUGGGGAUGCACCCUUCGCCUUUACCUACUGCAUCAGCAGCAGGUACGAAACCCAGUACGCCAAUGUCGCGAGAAGCGACCGGCAAACAUAGGCGCGAGUUGUAUGCGGACCAGCUGCCGUUACAACCGGGGCGAAAAGUCGCUUUCAAGCUGCCUGCCAAGAGUACGAGAGAUGGGGAGGAUAGCCAAGGUGGGGCGGGGGAUGAUUGGAUUCUUGCUACAGUCAAGCGGUGCAUACUGCAAGACCGGAUGAGGUAUGAAGUGCAAGAUGUGGACGAUGGAAACACAUACAACACGACCCUUCGCUCCAUCAUCCCCCUUCCCGACCCCGCCUCCCCGACUCAACUCACCUCCAAUCCCGCCAACAUCGAAGACUACCCCCGCGAUUCAAUUGUCCUCGCCCUGUACCCCGAUACUACGUCCUUUUACCGCGCGACUGUCGUGGCUGCGCCGUAUCCUGGCUCUGGGAACGGUCUGGGGGUCCGAGGGCAGGGCCAUGGACUGAAACCGGAUCCAGGGGCGAAGAGGGGGGUGUAUAGACUAAUGUUUGUGGAUGACGAUGGGCAUGUGCAGGAGGUGCAGAAGGAUUAUGUCGUGCCGUACCCUGGGUGAUGAUACCUUGGGAUGAGAUCUUGUUGGAUACUGUUGAUGUUGUUUCUUUGAUGCAUCUUCAUUUGUAU